AGACAAACAACCAGGGCCGCGGAUUCCCAUUUUGCUCAACCAAGAAAACGACAAGAAGUCUUGCCAAAAGGAGCGCCUACGCCUUUCCCGAGACUUUGAGUAUUUGCGAAAUUGAGAUUCGGAUAAACCCGAGGCUUCGUUCUCUUCUCAUGCCUCCUCGUCGCCGGACUACGAUAUACGACUUUUCUAGUCUACGUGUUCAUACAGACGGCUCUCGCGUCGAGCAGACGAAUCGAAAUCUACGGCCCGUAUCUCACAAAAAUACUGCCCGGGACUCGCGUGGCUACUGGACGGCCAGGGAUGCAGCUGGACGUUGGCAGGUGAAGCGAAGACGGAGGAAUUCUAGUCCCAGUGAACCUGAGGAAGGAAAGGGAAAACAGAAGGCUUUGGAAAGCGGCGAAGAGGAACAUAUUCCUUUGAAAAAAAGGAAAACGAAGCGGGCAGAGAAACGCCGAAAAUUUGCUGAUGAUUUUUCGUUUCUCGACGUUGAUGUACCUGCGCCUUCGUCUCAGACUAUCUCGGACACUGUUCGAGGUAAUGACCCUGUUUUUUCAUCAUUUUCGGUGCCUUCAUCCGACCUUCUGAAAUGUAUACAUCAUUUCGCAAGUCUGUAUUACAGCGAACGAGGCCAAUUACUUAACGCUUCAAAGUCGUACCGGCUUGAAAGGAAAGCUCGACAAAUGAAACGCCUUGAAAAAGCGAAAAGGGAAGAGUCAAACGAUGAUCGCAACCCUUUAGAUGAAGAUUGUCACGCGCAAGACGCCGAGCAACCAGCGGAGGAUGAGACUGAUGAAGAAGAACCCGAUGACAAAGAAGCCAGGUCGAGAAGGAGGGGCCAGAAACCGAAAAGUCUCAUCGGUGUAUCCAGGCGAGAUAUGUACAAACUUAUGGACGGGACGGCGUUAAUGGCCAUUGGUAUCUUGUUACAAGAACAUGUUGCUCAUUUGCUGGAGCCAGACGUACCUGACGGAUGGAAUGAUGAAACAGACGGUGAUGAAGGGGAGACGGGGCCCGUUGUAGGUGGAGAAAACAUGGCUAGAGAGGACUCUGAAGGAGCAGAUGAAAAUGAGGUCGCAGAUGAAAUCACCCGGAUAUCGCCAGCAUCCCAUGCAACCGAAAUUAAUUCAGAUGUAGCAUAGGGAACAUUACGGUGUCGUGUAAAAAGCAGAUUUGUCAACCAGCCCACCUAAUAGAAUCCUUGGCUUUCCUGCAACAAGCUUGGUCGGGUUCCAGUCACUGGGGAGGGUUCCAUCUUCCCAACUGCGCAAGAGAUUUGCUUCCAAAAUACCCAUUUCUCCCGCAGGAAAUAUUCGUAGUCUUUCCAGACGUCGCUCCCGUAAUUUGUUUUUGGGCAACAUACCAGAGACG